AAUUAACAAAAUUCACCAUGCCGUCUUGGAUACCGAUGGAAUCUAAUCCAGAGGUAAGGAUUUUCAUCUAUAUUAUUAGUAUUAAAAUUAAAUAACAUUAUUGUUUUUUUAUAUAAAUUAAAAUCAUUCUUAUCUUUGUUUUAGGUUAUGACAAAGGUAAGUCGCUGUGAUUUUCCAUUAUUGAUAUUGACGUUCAAUCUUUUGUAACGUUAAAUGAUAACAAAUGUUUUUUAAAGUUUUUCAAUUUAUUAAAACGUCAAUUAUAAUAUAUCUGUUUAAGUAUUAAAUGAUUUAUUUAUAUUAUUAUAAAGUAAAACUGUUGAUGAUUUUACAAUUAAAUUUACUAAAUAAAAUUUAUUUUACAGUUUUUACACAAAUUAGGUGUAUCGAAAGAUUGGUCUGUUGUUGAUGUUUAUGGCUUAGAACCUGAUUUAUUAGCACUUGUACCUAAACCAGUCGCUGCUGUUAUUUUAUUGUAUCCUUUAUCCAAAGAGGUCAGAGAUCAUUUAUAUUCAGAUGAGAGCUUAAAAGACAAAGAGGAAGUUGCAAGUACUUGUGAAGAUACAGAAGUUUUUCACAUGAAACAAUACAUUCAUAAUGCUUGUGGUACAAUUGCAUUAAUCCACAGUGUUGGCAAUAAUCGAGACAUCAUAGAUCUUCAGGAUGGUUUUUUAAAAACUUUCCUAGAUAAGGGAAAGAAACUUUCCUUCGUGGAAUGUGGAAAACUUUUGAUGGAAUCAGAUGGCAUUAGUAUCACUCAUAAAGAUGUAGCACAAGAAGGUCAAACAGAGAUGGACGUAAAUCUUCUCCUAUUAAUCAUGGUCCAACUAAUCCAGAAACACUGUUAGAAGACGCAGCACGCGUUUGUAAAGAAUAUAUGGCACGUGAUCCAGAAGAAGUAUGCUUCACAGUUCUUGCUCUUGCUAAUAGUGAUGCGGCAGCAUUGUAACUUAUUACAUAUGAUGUAACAUAUGUGCUUUUUCUGUUCAAAUAAUUUAUUUUAUGUUGUAUAGUUACUUCUAUAUUGCAUUUAUUAAUGUCUGCUGACUACUGAUAUAUAUCAAAUGUGAAACAAACAAACAAACAAAAAAAAGUAAACGUUUUUGAAUGAUAAAAGUAUAAAAAAAUAUUUGAAAUCGAACAAAAAUGAAAUUUGCUUUUUCGAUGUAAUACGUUUUUUAAAUACUUUUAUAUAUUUUUUACAUAGAUCUUACCAUCUCAUUUUCUAUAUUAUUUUUUCAUGAAUAAAUGUGGCUUAAAUAUUUUCGUAAAUUUUAAUUAAUAAAACUAAACUAAGUUUAUGGUAGCUGUGUGAUGAUUGUUUGUAUACUGUUUAUAUUUGCUCUAAGCAAUUAAAGUUGUAUGUAUCUGUAUUUGCUAUGCUUAUUAAAAAAUCUUUUCUAAAAAAAAAAAGGAACACAUCUGGUGUUAAAUUCUCCUACAUACUAGUUCUUACUUUCUUAUUAAUUAUUUUUCAAAUUUACAUAUUUUCAAAGAUAAAACGUUCAUAAUUGAAAGAUUGACAAAUUUAUGAAAAAUAAUUUUUACAAUUCAAUUAUUAACUUAGACUGAUUAAUUUUUUUAAUGACAUGUAUAAAAAAUUUCAAUGAAAUUUUUCCAAAAGCCUGAAUAUGAAUAAACAAAUAUGUACACGUUUGUUUUAGCAAACCGUUGAUAUCGGGGACAAGUCUAUGAUACAUUAUUUGUUCCAAUGAAAUCAUCGAAAUGGAAUGACAUCAUUGGAAAAGAAUCGAUUAUCCUUAUAUAAUUGAAAUACCUUUCUUUUCUCUAUUAUCAGAGAUCGUAAAACUCGUCGGUCACUGACCAGAAGCCAGCAAAAGGCCUAGUUAUUUUAGAUUCUCUUCCGAGAGUGAGCAUCUCGGCAUCACUCUCUCUAAAUAGAAGCCUAAAGACACGAAAUAAAAUCGAAACAUGAGCUUAUAAUCGUUUAUCUUCUCAUUUCUUGCAUAACGCGAUUUAUAAAUAAAACAAAUGAAGAAGAACUUGAGAAACAGCAUUACCACGAAUUAUCACUUUGAUUGAGAUAAUUGAGUGAAGAAUUUACAUGAAAUAAGAAUGUUGAAGGCAAAUGAUUAGCAUGUAUUAGUCAUUGUUUUUCACUUUAGUUUGUUUCAGGAAAAAUUUCGUUGUGGAAAAUUUUCUACAUUGUUCUCAAUGUUACGAGUGUGAGUCGUUCUUCCUAUGGGAUUCAUGGGAUUCAUCAAUCAAUGAAUGAUUAAUGACUUUUUCUUAAUGUAUUGCAAAUAUUGAAAUGAUGCAUUCUUUUUUUUUCAUGUAAGGAUUUCAAUUAUGAACGAAAUACGUAUGUUUGUAUGUGAAAUGUGCAUCACGAAGAUAUAUAAUUUAUUGAUUUCUAAGGUUUUACAUUAUUUUUUAUUUUCUUCGUGUUUUUUUUUUUUUUCUCAAAUUUAUCUUUGAUCUAUCAAUAACAAAAGGAAAUAACCAUUUUAUAAUGUAUUGCACAAUUUUCUAGUUAUUGAAUUACCGAUCGAUAUCAUUACAGAGAUAUAAAUCUUUUGCUCCUUAGGACGAUUGAUAUCGAAUUAAUUCCCAAGAUAAGAAGCGUUGAGAAAUUCCCAAUAAAAUUUUUCCAUUAAGAGCUCUAUUACAUUUACACAACUAUGCAGUUCGAUAAUAGGAGACAAAGAAUUUCAGCUCGAUUUAAGCAAAUACUGCGUCAUCGGAAUGGAAAUUUUCGACAAAGAUAAAGCAGCUGUGUUUUCAUACUUCAAGCUCGAAUAUUUUUUUGGAUCAUCUAGUAUAUUCUAGAUUCUAGGUCGUGAAAGAUUUGGGAGGAUAUUUCAAUAUGUUCCAAAGAAUGUUUCAAUAGCAGGAUCACAAAAAUAUUGGAACUCUCAUUGGCUGAUAGUUUAUAUAUUUAUAGUUAUAUAAAUUUAUAUUAAAUUUAUAUUUAUAUUUUUAUAUUUAUAGUUUAUAUAUUUUAUUUCCAUGAUAAGUGUUCAGAUAUUUUUAUGAGCUAAUAUAUAGAUAAAAAAUACUGCAAAUCUGAAACAAAUUGCAAAAUCGAAUUUAAAAUAAACGAAUGAAAACAAUAUCAUUUAACAAUCACGCACGACGACUUUAUCUUUUACAUGUUAAAAGUAAAAAAUUAGGAUUAUUCAACGUUAUCAAUAAGAAUAUAUAUGCGUAUCGUCUGAAAUCGUAAUGUUAACAUUAAUCUUAAUGUUAUCGAAUGAUUGAUGCGUAAAUGAUAAUUACUUACACGUUUUAAUGAAUAACAGCAGAAUAUUCCAUGAUUGUGCGUAAUGUCUUCACUGAUAAAAUAUAAUACAAAAGGUAUGGAGUAAAUUUUGGGAUUUAUACAUUGAUCACAUCGAUAAAAUUCUCAAUGAAGACAAUUUAUUAUUUAUUAAUUUAAAGUUAUAAUCAGACAAUCAGUAAGUAAAUCAUAUUAUAACUAUAUAUUGUAAAAAUCUACGACUAUCUCUUCGAGCAAAUGCAAAUUUAUUGGGACAGGAUAGUUUUUUGAUUUUUAAGCAUAGGAUAAUUUAUUGAGAUCGCGAAAAAUUAUUAAGAAACACUGCCUGUCUAUAUUCGAGUUCUGCAUUGCAAUUAUUUUCCUAAUAUAGUAAGUUAAUCAUUUAAUUUAUUAGAAAUAUGUUAAAUAGUUUAAAAUUCGUUCAAUUUCUUGUUUCAAAUUGAAUACUACAUAACUGAAUAUUACAUAAGACAAAAAUAACAUACUUUUAGCGACGAGACUUUUAUUUAUGUAAAUUCGUAUAACUUCAAGAAACAGAAAACAUUUGUUAAUCUGUCGAGUGAAUUAUGUAAUAUGAAUUUUCUGUGCUUAUUAAAUUUCCUACAGAUGCAUAGUCCGCAACAAGCACGUUGCUAUUUCACUGUUACAUGCCUUAGUUUCUCCGUAUUUCAACAUAAUGCCUGUUAGAUUCCAAAACGACAUAGUGAACAAUCAAAGUGUCAGGAAUUAAGGAAACAUGCCAUGCAUAGGAACUUAUAGUACGCAUUCGUCCAUGGCGAAGUUGAGUUUAAGGUCGUUCUGCAUCCAUAGAAAUGUAUAGGUACAGUUCCAUACAUUUUUCAUUAAACAGAUACGAUCGAUGUUAAUCGAUAAAUUCGAUGCAAGAAAUCAGUUUGACUCUUUUAGAUGUUUACCAAUUGGGUGCAACAAUCAGGGAACGAAAAGAAUGUUGAGAAAGAUAUUUCUUUAUUGUCACAGAAGAAAGUUAAUGAAAUUUUGUGGAAGGAUGAGAGCAAAGAAAGAAUUUGUUCGAUGAAGACAAGAAUAAAGGAGGGUGAUGGAAUUGACAAAAAAAAAAAAAAAAAAAAAAUAAAGGCGAGCUAAUUUUUUAGAUUAAAAUCGAUUAAAACUCAAAAUUUUCCGAUCAUCGAGGAUAUUUUUUUCAUAAAUGAAACGGAAGGAGAGAGCAACGACGAUUCUUUUUGUAAUGAUUAGCUAUCACAGUUGUUACAAUCUUUCAAUUAUUCAAUGCUAUCUGAACACGCGAUGCUAUCAAUACUUAAAGGCAUUGUAAUAUCUACACGACAAGGACUUGGAUUAGUUAUUACUCGCACGCAAAAUGGUAAUUCAGCAUGAUUAUUUCGCAUGCAAUAGCUCAGGCGAACAUUGAACCAACUGAAAAAGAUGCUUUUGGAGGUCGAAGAAUUGUUGAUUCUAUCAUA